UGGGUGUGUCCCAGUUUAGAUUUCUAAAAAUCUGGUCACCCAACUCUUGUUACAUGGAUACGGGAAAAACAAAACAAAAACAAAGCUCAUUUCACAAAAUCCAACAGUCUCUUAACUUUUAUCCUUUGAACUGCAUGAGCUGCACUUCUAAGUUUGUUAAAAUCCAAUGAAAUGAUGUUAAAAACUGAGCCAUAAAUCAAAAUAGUUUCAAAACUGCAGUCAACCACAAAAUUAAAGAAAAUAAAAAAUAAAAAAAUAAAAAAUAGGCAACAUUUGUGAAAUAUGCUGUGUAUAAUUCAGCUAUAUACAUAUAAUAACGUAAAAUACAAACAAACUAACAAAACCUUACUCUGAAAGUCCCUCCCGGAAGUCAGCGCGCAGUCGUCCAUCCUCUGCCCGCUCCGAGCUGCUCCUCCUCGGUCUGCUCAGAUCCAAGGAGCCGCUGGUAUGGACGGAGCCGGGUAACUUUCCGGAGCACUUUCUUCAACGAAAAACACAAGGAAUCCACUUAAUAACUAUGCAAAUACGUGACAACAACUACAAUCACACGUAAAAAUGGGAAUAUAAUGUUCGUUCACGUUUUAAAUCACGUCGGAGGAGCAGUGGAGAUUUCAUCCAAGUCGGACGCUGAAAGAAAGAGACGCUGACAGGGGGCGCUCUCAUCAUGUCCUCUGCUGCAGUGAACCGCUCCAUCAAACAGGAGAGGAAAGGAAGCUUCUUCAAGCUCAUCGAAUCGUUUGCCGUUGAACUUGGAACGUUAAAGAAGGAGAUGGGACACAGGUCUGAGCCUAAACCCGCUGACCCUCUACUCUCUGAGCCACUGAGCCUGGAUGAGGACGUGGGGGGUCUGUUCCUGCGCGGCUCUCCCUGCUCGGGCCUCUGUUCUGGGGGUAACUCUCCUCUCAGGGCUGGCCUCUCCGGGUUCUCCGGCCCGAGGGACUCUGGGUACUCCGGGUCGCUGCACAGAAAGAUCACAGUUUUAGACCGACUCAUCCGGACUCACUCGGUCUGGCUGCAGCUCGGACUCAACCAGCAGGGGGCGCUCAGGAUACUCAAGAACCAGCCUCCAGGGACGUUCCUGGUUCGUCGGUCGAGCUCUCAGCAGAGGAAGGUGCUGUGUGUGAGGAUGGACUCAGACUCAGAUCCUGUCCAAGAUUUCGCUGUGAAAGAAAGCCAGUACUCCUUUUCUCUGGAGGGAUCCGGACUCAGUUUUGCAGAUCUGUUUCGUCUGGUGGCGUUCUGUUGCAUCAGCAGAGACGUUUUGCCGUUCACGCUCAAACUCCCGGAGCCCAUCGUCUCCGCUCAGACGGUUGCAGACCUCCACCAAAUCUCCAAACAAGGACCAGGUUUUUGGGAUGCUCAGUCUGUCUGCAAGAGAAAAAGUUCCUCAUUCUCAGCUCCGGACCGACCGCCACCUCCGACUAACAGAACAUCUUCGACUUUCUCGACAAUUUCAACAAUUUCGUCACCCCUAAUCUAUCCGAAAAUCAAAACACGAACCCCGUCUGAGCUGGAGUGCUGCCAGUCCAACGGCGCGCUCUGCUUCAUCAACCCGCUGUUCAUAAAAGUCCAUCAGGAAGGCGGCGUUUUGAGCGGCAAAAGCGAAAACAAAAAUGACAACUCAAGACAAGAACCCUUAGAAUCGGACAGUGAUGCUACCGUUGAAGAAAGCCGCGUAAUUCCAAGCGAAGUGGAUAAAAAUACUCAGGACAACGCUAAUUCGCAACGUUCACCACCUCCUCCGAGACCUCCUCCUCCGCGGUUUGCGAAUUCCCGCUCUGGCCAGGUGACGCGCACAAGAAGCAUGCCGGAAAAGGUCCCUUGGAUCGCCGUGCCAAAGGAGAAAUCAGAAGACCGGAAGAGUUUGCUGUAUAAAUUGGGAUCAUCUCUUACCAUAAGUCCAUCCACCUCUCCUCCAAAAAGGAUCUUCAGCAUCAGCUCGCCCAUUACAAUUCCAAAACCGUCUCUCCCGUUAUCUCUAGGUUCUUUAUCUUCUUCUCCAAGACGUAGUUUCAAAAUGUCACCAUCUUCGUCCAGCCAAGAAGAAGCACAGUGCGACUUAGCGAUGGAAGAUCACGUCAUCCAACAAGCUCUAAGGAGGGCGAGGCUGCAGAGAGGCGUAACGUGCAAAGAGGAGGAGGAAGACAGUGGGGUUCAAGAUGGCGGAAAGGAAAGCGGGAGUACAGAAGACGAGAAAAACGCUAGAGAGGGAGGGCAGCGUUUAAGCGAUAUGAGUCUAUCAACCGAUUCUUCCGAUUCCCUUGACUUUCCCCAAUCCAUAUUCCUCUUACACGAUCCGAAUCCACCAACUCUGGAGGAGAUAAACACGCAUUUGCCGCUGUCUUUGCCUCCGUAUUCGAGCAUGGAGGAGGACGACGACGACGACGAUGAAGAUUAUGAGGAGGACUUUGGGGUUAGUCUCGAAAGCGAUCAGGAACAAGAUCACGAUUUGACGAUGGUUCCGCCUGGACAUCGGACCAAGCGCAAGACCAGUGCGAGCGCGGAGGUCAUUCAGAAGGCUUUAAAGGGGAAGCUACGCAAAAUGAGCGGAAUGUUCAACUCGCUCCUGACGCCGGAGAAAAGAGCCAUACGGAAAGUUCUGGAGCUAUCGCGAGACAAGACGACGUACUUCGGAGGACUGGUGCAAGACUUCCUCGGGUACAUAACAGACCAAGGCCAAGAGCAAGGUCUGGGGUUAGAUUCCGGCUCUGAGCUGCUGCAGACGGUCAGACAGUUCCUCACUCAGAUGAAGAGUUACCUGAGACAAAGCUCUGAGCUGGAGCCUCCCAUCGAGAGCCUCAUCCCAGAGGACCAGAUCGACCGUGUUUUGGAGAAGGCCAUGCACAAGUGUGUCCUGAAGCCUCUGAAGUCCGUGAUAGCAGACGCCCUGCAGGAGUCCAUGGUCCGCAGCGGCGCUUGGACCGAGCUCAAAGAAAACAUGAGCCUGGCCAAGACCAAGCCCCCCGCGGAGAUGGGCGUGUCGGAUGCCCUCCCGCCAGACGCCGUCGCCAUAGAGAAGAUCAGACAGAAGUUCCAGGCCAUGUGCAAACUGUACUCCCCCGAGAAGAAGGUGGGACGCCUGCUCCAGGUGUGCAAGCUCAUCUACACCAUCAUGGAGGACAACUCAGGGCGGCUGUUCGGGGCUGAUGACUUCUUGCCCAUGUUGACGUUUGUGCUGGCUCAGUGUGACAUGCCUCAGCUGGACAAUGAGAUCCUGUACAUGAUGGAGCUGCUGGACCCCACUCUGCUCAACGGAGAAGGCGGGUACUACCUGACCAGUGCGUAUGGAGCCAUGUCUCUCAUAAAGAACUUCCAGGAGGAGCAGGCAGCCAGAGUCCUGAGCUCUCAGACCAGAGACACUCUGCACCAGUGGCACCGCAGGAGGACCAUGCAGAGAACAGCGCCCUCUAUAGACGACUUUCAGAAUUACCUGAGGGUGGCGCUGCAGGAGCUGGACAGCGGCUGCACGGCUAAAACUCUGUCCGUCCGUCCCCAGGCCACCGUGGAGGAAGUGUGCUCUCUGUGCGCCGUCAAGUUUUCCGUCUCAGAUCCACAAAAAUACGGACUCUUCCUGGUGACGGAGGGGAGCAGCCAGCAGCUCGCUCCGGACACUCACCCCCAGAAAAUAAAAGCCGAACUGCACAGCCGCGACCAGCCCGACACCUUUCACUUCGUGUACCGCAGAAUGGACUUCAAUGCCACAUCCAGACGAGCUAACGAGGCUAACGAGGCUAAUGACGCUAAUGCUAACCCAACAACGACAACACCAGACCAACAAAAAAACCUCAGUCCAAGGUUAAGCUUAAGUUUACCCCAAGGAAGCAUCCAUUCUGUGUCAAUUUGAGCCACGAAUGAUGUAAACCCAGGUCACUCUUGUAGUUAUAAUUCCCAGUUAUUGGGCUGAAUGAAUAUAUUUGAAAACUGAAUGUUCUUAACAUUGUUGAACCAGCUUGGCGCUCAUGAGGCUAAAAAGGCUAAUUGCUAUGUCAAAAAGCUACACUUCAGUUCAAGGUUAAGAUUAAGCCUGUUUUAAGAAUUUCAAUGAACUUCAAUAUGAGACACUUUUAUUUUUAGUUUUGAAUUUGAGUACUCUCUAAGUAGAUAACCAGAUUUCUGCCUACUUCAUACAUUAGGAAACUAAAAUAGAGUGACCAGACGUCCCAAUUUUGCAGAGACAGUCCCAGUUUUGAGCCCUGUGCCUCCUGUCCCAGCAAAUUUAUCCAAAACCAGUGAUUUGUCUUAGUUUUAUACAAGAAAUGUCCCGGGUGUCCCUAUUUUUGACAUAUUUGACACCUUCCAACAGUAAAGUGAGGCAUACAUUGUUAUUUGUUUAGGUAAAAUACAAAAAAUAUGCUUAAAAACGACCAAAACACAAAGAAAAUGUGACUAUACUGACUCACAUGUUAGUCAUGAAUUUUAUCAUUUUAUUAUUACCAACCUCCAAAAAAACAGAAAUUUUAUUUAAUCAAUUUUUAUUUUCAAAUUCUGGUCACCAUAAUUUAAGGUAGAUUAACUGUUGUAGCAGUUCUAGGCUAGGACUACUUUAGCUCAGGGCAAGUAGGCAGUUUAAAUGUUAAUUAGUAUAGCAGACUAAUUGGAACCCUUUAAUGUCACUGUAUUACUUUAUCUGUAGUUCAAGUUGAGUUUUAACCCCCAAUACACAUCUGUUUUUUCCUCAAUAUGAGCCACAAAGUUUUGCUCUAUGAAUAUAAAUAUAGGUUUGACUUUCAGUGACUGGAAAACUGAAAAUGAACAGGUUUAGCAUAUGUUAAUCCUUAUGCUAAUGGAGUUCAAAUUGCUAAAGAUGCUUCUCACUUUCACAAAUAUUUCAAUUCUUUCUCAAUAUGAGUCACUAAAUAUUGUGAAAAGUGGAAGUAUCUUGUAUGUUGUUUGACUACAUUCAGUUGUUUAUGUGACAGCUUUAGCAUUAAAGACUAGUGCACUGCCAAUUUCUAGAAUGCUAAAGCUAAUGCUAAAGUGUAGCUGGCUCGAUGCUAGUAACACGGCUAAUAAUGUUAACUAGCCCAAAUACAAGUCUAUAACUGGACUUUAUCUUACUUAGCUAAUCAGUGCUCAACUUUAAAAACAAAUGAUCCAAAACAAAUGAUGAGUGGAUUAAGUUCUUAACUGCAUACAAGAAUCCAGAUUUUUAUUUGAAAGCAUUCAGCAUGCACCGACUCAAAUCUCCCAAAUGAGACUAUUUAACAAACUGGAUGAGGUUUUUUGAGGUAAAAGUGGCAUCAGCGAUUUCAGAAUGUGCAGACGAGCUCCUAAAGACUCCAAUAUCGUGCAAAACGGUACACAGACUUCUGCUUUUUGUGGCUUGGCACAUCGGAAACUGGAGUCGAAUGUAAACAAACGAACAGAUGAACGGAUGGAGCAAAGGAGAAGGAAGCCAAGCUGUUUUUCUGUCUUUUUAAGAACUCACGCGACUCAGAUUCAAAACAUGAACUCUCUAUGGAGAUGGUGAACAAAACAGUUGCUGGUAAACUGUUGAUAAUGUUUAAAAUGUAAUAAUAUUCUGGUUUAUUCUAUAGAAAUAUAUGACUGGUGUGUGUUAUGUGUUAUAUCUUGUGUUUUCUAUGAACGGCCAGUGUCGUAACGUUAUGGUGCAGUGUGUUAGAUUUGGAAAACUGCUGCAGAAACAUGAAUUCAGAAUAGUCCCUUUUUAAUAGAAUUUUUGGUGUUAUAUUUCUUUAUUUUAUUUCAUUAGUCUUGUAUAUUUUUUUUUACUUAUUGGCAUUUCACAAACUAAAAUGUCAUGCAUGUUUGAAAAGCAUCUUAUUUUCGAAGCACACAAAAUUAAAAUGCCAUAGUUGCCAGCAGUUGGCGCAAUGAUUCAUCUGCUUGCACACAGACAAUAUUCCAGCCAAAUAAAAAAAUUUUAAUCCAUAUUUCAAAAAUAUGAAUUGAAAAAUUAGAAAGCAAAAGGCCGAUAUUUAGUUUUGACUGACUAAAACUAUUUGAACACUAAAAUCAUGACUACACAGCACCUUUUUAGGUUUGUGGUUAAAAAAAAGAUCUGUGAGUGAUUUUGUAGUGAAUUUAAAUGACAUAAUGACAACCAAAAUCGGCCUUAUGUAUCGGCGCAAUAGUAUCAGCAGAAUUUAUCAGACAUUGGUUUCUCUUGAUUCUAAACAUUGUUAAUGGCCAUGAAAAACCCAUAUCAGUCGAUCUCUAAUAAAAACUUGUUAUUCUUGUGUAUCCUGCUAUAGGCGCCAAUGCAAAAGAUCGCAUUUCACUUUUUAAUUGUUACACUACAGCAGUUUUUUUUUUUUUUUAAAUAAAACUGAAAGAUCUUCUAAUCAAUAAUUAAUAUUUUAACAACUGAUUCCAUAUCGUUUGAAAUGUAUGAAAGGUAGUGUAACUUUAUUUUCUGUACACUACAUUCACCAGUGCCCCCUCAAAAAGCAUGAAACACUGGCCGCUGGUGGAUAAUUAUGGUAUUGCAAUUAAAACCUUUUUUAAAAUAAUAUUGGACAGAUUUUUGUUGAACACUUUUACAAAAAUAAAACAUUAAAAUACUAUUCAAAUCAAAGGCUAAAUCUUACACACUGCUUCCUUAAAACACAUUCUAAAAAAUCGUGACUCUUGUAUAUUAUAUGGUAAUUUAAUUCAGAUAAACGAGUAGAAAUGCAUGUAUUUUUAGCUGUACAGUAGAAACGUGUGUUUUUGAUCAUCCUGGUGAGACUUUUAUUUUGAAAAGUUGGGGGCAUAUUUCUGUUCAGUUUUAAUAUUAAUGUGACGGCCUCUUAGCUGGUCUGAGGUCUGCCUACAAAAUAAAAUGUGCUGUACAGGUUUGGGGGCUUUUACUUUGAAAGGAAAAAAGGAUGUGAGACAAGAGGGAACGAGAAAGGAAAUUUUAAAUGGGGAUGUUUUGGCUGAUUUAAAAUGUUACUAAAAUGUACUCCCACUAGGCUACUACUACUACUACUACUACUACUACUACUACUACUACUACUACUACUACUACUACUACUACUGCUAGACAACUAUUAGGUUACAACAACAACAACUACUACUACUACUGCUACUAGACAACUAUUAGGCUACAACUACUACUACUACUACUACUACUACUACUACUACUACUACUACUACUACUACUACUGCUACUACUACUAGACAACUACUAGGCUACAACAACUACUACUACAAAUGCUACCACUACUACUACUGCCAAACUUUUGAAUUGCAUGGAGAUUUUAAAUACUUGGCUGCAAAAGUAGUUCCAUUUUCCCCUCCCUCAAUGUAUAUAUGUAUUUUGGGAUUCGAACCAGAACCUUCUUGUUGUGGGGUAGGAUGUUAACCACUCUGCUACUUCAGGUUCUUGCAUACAUUUUUAAAAAAAGAGGGAUUUUGAGCAGCUAAAAGACAAAACACAGAUGGGUAAAUAAUUCUAUCUUUGAUGACCGAUGGAAAAAUGAGAGAAAUGAAAUGAGAGAGUGGGAUUCUGCUGGAGCCUGUACAAAACAUGAAACCUGUUGAAUGAUAUUUAUGAGUGAGUCUGUGCAGGGCAGUUCACAGAUGCUUUUCAUAAUAUCAAUGUGACUUUUCCUUUGGACUGUCAGUGGAUGUUUUGCACUUAAUAAACUUUGGAUCAGAAA